AUAGGAGGUAGUACGUCAACAACACAUACAUACAUUCACAUUGUAUGAAUACUAUUUUACUUAUCCAAUUUUUGUUUACAACUUCAGAAAUUUAUUGUUUACUUUACUUUUCCCUUACAUACAGGUCUUAAAAAUUUAGAUAUUGUCAAUUUUCAUUUUAAUUCAGAUUUAUUUCCAAUAAGACAUAAGCACAAAAAAAUUAUACUGCAUUUAUAUUGUUGCAACAUGUAGAAACCUAGCUUUGAAAGAAACGAUAUCGGUGUAACUUGAUGUUUACAAAUUUUUAAAAACAACCAUUGUCUCGAUCCAAGUGGGAGAGUGUGACGGCAAGAUGUCUGGAAGUUGUGACGGCGAAUGCGUUUGACAGCUUUGCUUUUGUAAAUUGUUCUCAUCUGUCAAGUGUUUUUUACAGAUCAUAUAAAAUAUGGGAGCAUUGACAAGCAGACAGCAUGUUGGCGUAGAGGAAGUUGAUAUUGUUUCAAACCAUGCAUACAAAUAUCCACCUCGUUCAGGUAAUUACUUUGGCAGCCACUUCAUCAUGGGCGGGGAGAGGUUCGACACUCCCCAGCCAGAGUCGUACCUGUUCGGGGAGAACGUCGACCUCAACUUCCUCGGCAGCCGUCCAACUCCAUUCCCGUACCCACCACCGCAGGCCAACGAGCCCACCAAGACCCUGAAGAGUCUGGUAAACAUCCGGAAAGAGAGUCUGCGGUUCGUGCGCACGUCGGAGUCCAUCAGCAAGUGUGCAACUGAUGAUGAUGGGGAGUACCUCAACUGGACCAACUUCAACAUAGAGUUCACCUUUGACUGCGACGUGCGGUGUGCCAUCACCAUAUACUACUUCUGCACGGAGGAGGUUACUACCAAUGGUGUGGUGUACACGCCCAGAGACCCCGGCAUGAACUCUGCCACCUACCACUACAAGCGUGGUGCGAACCAGCAGUUCUCCCAGGUGUCCCACGUGUUCAACCCUUGCAGCUAUCACGAGGACGAGUUAACUUACGAUCCAGACAGAGAGGUCAUCCCCAUCGCAAUUCAUUGUGUUACGGAAGAAGGUGCGGAGGAAUUACGACAGUCACAUACAACAAUAGCGGUAGUGGACCAUCAUUCUGAUGGCACAUACGUAUUGCGUGCAUUGAAGCAGAAACUAUAUGUUGAUGGGCUGUGCUACCUGCUGCAAGAGAUUUAUGGCAUAGAGAACAAGAACAAUGAAUCUAAGGGAGCCAGUGAUGAAGACACGGAGGACAACGGCUCGGAGUGCGUGAUCUGCAUGUGUGACGUGAGAGACACGCUCAUCCUUCCGUGCAGGCACCUGUGUCUUUGCAACUCGUGUGCGGAUUCCCUCCGAUACCAGGCCAACAACUGUCCCAUCUGUCGAGCCCCAUUUCGGGCCCUCCUUCAGAUACGCGCAUUGCAGAAGUCCGCGACCAUUCCACAAGAUGUGCCUCUCCCCACAGAGGGCAGCGACAACAUUCCCGCUGGGUACGAGCCGGUGUCCCUGAUAGAGGCCCUGAAUGGCCCUUGCCUGGUGCGCAGUGCCCCCACCGUGCCCCCGCUGGACAUGGCGGAGACCCCGGACCAGGAGGUGGCGGUGCAGGCAGCGGAGGUUCUCAACAGGUCGAACUUGGAGAUAAUGCAAUGUAAUGGCAAGCAGUUGGGCAGCCCAGAUGAUUGCAGUAUAAUGAAGAGUGUGCGGGAGAAGGUCAAUGGUGUUUGCUCUACUCCAGAGUUUCGCAUGUCGGUGCUGCUGUCUCGAGAUGAGGAGGGCGCUCCGCACAAGCAGCAGACAACCAAGUCCCCGCUGCUCGUGAGGCACGGGCGGGACAAGGGAGCACUUGUGGGCCGGCAACGAGACACCAUCAGGCUGGUUAACGAGAAGAGUCCAAGGGAGCCCGAUGAGACGGUGGAUGAUGACAGCGAGGCAGAGAAGUUGUCCCCUCUGCUGGACGCUGCGACGGUGCCACUGGACGUGGCCGACCUGCCGCCCGUCGACGAUCUGGACGAAGAGGACGACGUGGAGCUGAAGGUGGAACUGCAAGAGGAGGAAGCACUAACAUCCGCCACCAGCCAGGGCGCGGUGGGCAGCAAAACCGGGUCUCGCGACGGGGCCAGUGACGCGGGACUCACUGCGGUGGGCGAUGACUCGGACUACUACACUCCCGAGGACCCAGCCACCACCAUCCUGAGCCCCCUGCACUGCGACAAGGAGCGGGAGCGGGCCGCGGCGUCGGCGGAGAGCACCCCUGGGCGGUGGGCGGUCGGGGCAUCCCUGCCCAGCACGCCACUCAGCCACCUGAGCAACCGCUCGUCGGGCGACAGCUACAGCUCGGGUGGCUCCACUCGGCAGCUGCUGGCCCCCGCCGCGGCACUCCCUCCGGCCCGCCGCCCCUGAGGCCCUCUCCCUCUCUCUCUCUCUCUCACGUCGCCACCUCCCUUCCCUCCCUCUCGGACCAAGCACCAAGCUGUCACGCUUGUCAUGGGUACGAAAUUUAGAAACAAUAUGACACGUGGCCGGACAUCAAGAGACUGAAAUCCAAAGUGGAAUACUACCUAAUGAGAAACUUAAAACUUCAACGUGGAUGUGAAUCAGUCAUCCAUAUGGCCAAAUUUAAUCCGAUAAAGCUCUGAUGUUUUUAAUGACUGCUCAUGAUUUUGAAAUAAAAUUUUUAUCUUAUUUUUCAUAGCUAUUAAGUAGGGAUGGGACGAAUCCACAUUUUGGUCGAAUCCGAAUCCUUGUUCGAAUCCUCAGUGUUUGUCAUCGAAUCUCGAAUCCCAGGCCCACACUAAACUUCACAUAUUAUUAAAAAAAAUCACACAUUUAUUUUAAAAAAUUACAUAGACCUAUGUAUUAAAAAAAAUCACAUGUGUAUUUAUAAAAUUAUAAAAUAAGUGCAUAGUGUAUACACCUGAUAUAAAAUAGAGACAAAUAACCUCAAAAACCACACACGUAAGUUUGCAUCUGUCUAAUUCUCUGUUAAAUUAAUCCUUCCUAUGUUUUCAAUAAAAUACGUUUGUAUAACAGACACCAUUUAAAAAAAAGUUACAUUUUUUUCUGCAAUGUUAUAUUAUUGAAGGUUGGAAAUGAUUGAGUAGUUAUGCUAAUUGACAAAAUGCAGCGUAGUUUAUCUUAUGUUUGUGCUAUUUCCGUUACCUUUAUAAUACAGUUUAGGUAUACAAUUUUCUAGAUCUGGACGAACCUCAGUUCUCUGGUUUCGAAUCGAACUGAACUGAAUUGAAUCGAACCAUAGCAAAAAAAUUUCGAACCGAGCUGAACCUCAUACAGAAAUAAUUGUUUUGAAUUAAAACAAACUGACCACCAGCAUUUUGAUCUUUAACUGAAUGGUGAGAAAGAAAGGUUCUCCAGCCAUAUGUAAAAUUAAAACAUUAUAUAGCUUAGCUUUAUUAAAACAUUGCAAAUCGUUUUAUAAGUAAAGUUUAUGCAAUAAAUAAUGAAGGAAAGAUUUCUGAUUUUCUUUACAUAUAUAUACUUUUAAUUCAUGAAGAAGUUCCAUCUAAAUUUCAAAAAGACUUUUUCAGUGUACACUAACCUUCAUUUAAAAAAUAUAAUAUUAUAAAGAUGACGAACAUUCAGGCCACAUAACAUAUUUUUGUGGCAGACAUAACCUAACAUUUUUAAUAAGUAAAACUUUUUAAUAGGACAUUAAAAAAAGUCGAAUGUGAAUUAAGUUACCUAUCUACAUUACAAAACCCGCUGACUUCAGUUGCUGUUUUCUUGGAAGAAUGCUGCUCAUCAGACGAAACUUUAGACAUUUUUUGGGGUGGUUCUGGGUCAUCUGGGUCGUCAUUAUCUUUUCUCCAUUUGGAAAACUUAAACGACGUAAGCCUGCUUAUCGCAAAUCACCUCAAGAACAAUAAUAUUGUAACGUAAAAAGUGUGGUUAUAGAAAUUUGCGUCUGAAAAAAGAAAACACGAGAAAUAAUGAUGGCUGCCGCGACUACGCUAGUCAACUUAGUAGCGUACUGUAAAAUUUACUGGACCAGUACUUUUAAUACACAAGAUUAAAUUAAUAUUAUCAGUACCUGACUGUUCUUAUAACCAAAAAGGCCAAAGAAAAUAAAUACAUCCCAGUAAUUUAAAAUACGUUAUUUACGUAAUCAUUUCCUACCGCAUUUGUCUUGUGUUAACUUGAUCACGUUAGUUUUGCCGAAAUACGAGAGUUCUCGUACAUGCGCUUAAGUUUAACGUAUGGGGUACGCAAUCUUGGGUGAUUUUACAACACUUCUCGUACACGCACUAUAGUUAAAGGUAAAAUAUACAAUACCUUUGGCAUUUGUACGAUAGUUUAUAUUACGUAGUACGAGAAAUGCAUACAAAAUUCUCUAAAGUAAACAAAAAACAAAGCGCUCCUAUAUGAAAAUAUGCUAUGCGAGUUAUGCGACGAUUAAUAAUUUUUUUUUAUAUUUUGUCUGCGCUUGAAACUGUUGAGGCGACGAUUAUGCGAUAAAAGUCGGACUAUACAAGUAAUGGAAUUUUGUUGUACUGUUUUGUGAAUGGUCUCAAAUGGAGGUUAGAAAAUUAGAAAAACGUAAUUUUUUUUAAACGAACGUUCGGUUUUUCGAAUAUAUUUUAAGAGGUUUCGAUCCGAACCGAACGUAAGGGUUCGGUUCGGUUCGGUUCGAAAUUUUCGAACUUCGUCCAGCACUACAAUUUUCAAUUUCUACCUAAAACUCGUAAAAACCCACCUCGAAUCCCACCUCGAAUCCCACCUCGGAUCCUACGAAUCCUCGAAUCCCACCUCGGAUCCUACGAAUCCUCGAAUCCAUAGGAUUCGGUAUAUUCGACGAAUCCAAGAUUCGAAAAUCCCAUCCCUACUAUUAAGUUAUAAUAAUUUAAUUUUUUUAUAUAUAUUUUAGUUCUUUUCAUGGAGGCUUGAUAUUUUAUUCACAAUACAAUACUAGUUGAAAAUUAUUUGUAAUGAGUACUGUAGAAACUAUUAAAUUUGAAAGCAAAGUUCUGAUCUAAAAUUGUAAUAUUAAACUGUAACCUUGCUAUUAUAAAUAAUAAUUAUUACAUUGAGUGGUAGAGAUAAGAAAGUCAAGCCAACCAUAAGAAAAGAACUAAAAAAACAGUAUGGUACAAACUCUUGCUUGCCUUUUAGUGUUUUCAGAGAUAAUGAAAUAAAGUUAUUUUUAAUUAACAAUUCAAACAUUUUCUUACGUUUACCAUAUAUCAGGUUUAGUUUGUUAUCUUUAAAAAAAAAAUCAUCUCUGAUGCAAAUGAAGUAAUUGAUAAUUGUUACCUAACAAAUGUGCGUAUUGUAUAAAAAAUAUUGAAGAGGCAUUUGGGCAAUUUUAUAAAAAAAUAUCCUUUCCAAAGAAAAUAUGCUCAUUAUUUUAACCACCAUCUGCCCACUUCUUAUUCACUAUCCUUAUCUUCCUGUAACACUACUGUCUCUUAUGCUUCUAUAUUUAACUUAUUGGCAUUCCAGAUGGGAAGGUCUUUGAACAUUGCAGGACAGAUAAAAAUUUUGAAGGUGUGUCUAUGUAAGGAUAUAUUUUCUAGACACUAAAGAUUGUAUAUUGCAAUUUACCAGCAUCUGCCAUUUUCAAAUGCAGUGAGGCUGAUGUCAGGUCCACAGCAAACAUGAUUUAGUCUGUCAUAUCUAUCAUUCCUAGACUUCAGCAAGCCUUGGUGACAUUUGCCUCUGAAACAGCUUUAUUGAGCAGUGAAAAUUUUAUUUCAAGGCAUACGAACAGAACACAGUCUUCACCUAGACUGGCUCAAGCUGUUUGUACAGAAUGCUAGCACAAACUAAACACAGCAUUAAGAGCAUCUCAAAGGAGCUGGUGCUCAGGAAGUCAAUACGAAAACUGCCUUGGAAGAGUGGAAAAUGAAAUACGUAAGGAACAUUGAGAUAGGAGGAGACGUUAACUUGAAGGUACUAGAGAUUAUAUCUUGGAUCAUUACUGCAACAUGUCUCGAAACAAAAACUGCAGUUUCUGUAAUGAAAUUAUUUGUAAUGUUUGUAUAAUGUGCUCUGCUGGCCAGGGGCAUAGCCAGGGGAAGGGGGGGGUUUAUUUUAGGGGUUCUACCUCCCCCCCCCCCUCUUCCUUAUACUGCUAUCACCGGCCACUGCACUGGUGGGGAAGAGUAAGCGAGCCCUACCGAUUCUCCUUCCCUUCCCCUACCCCUGUCGCGAGCAGAAGCUAUAAGGUUGUGACGCCGUGACGGGUCCCAAGCUUUCAAAUAUCUUGCACCUAUUGUAUUUAACCAACGCGGUAAUUAUAAGCAGGUGGUGACUGGGUAAUUCUUCAAGCUAAAGCUAAUUGAGGAAUAGGCCAGUUCUGCCGAAACCCAACCAUUUUUAUUCCUUUUUUUUUGUAUUGUCGAGCUUCGAGCAUGAUUUAUGAUUUUGAGUGGAUGGACGAGGCACUUGAAUUGAUUAAAAUAUCUUUAAUUUCUUACUUCAUCACUCAAACAAUUUUUUUAUUAAAAAAUUAAUAUUUUUACCAUUACAAUAUUUAAAGUUAAGUACCGAAAACUGCUCAAAUAGCACUAUUUUACACCUUAAAAUCCAAAUUUUUCCGGGGGAGGACCCCCUGACCACCCACUUUAAUAGGGGGAUACCAUGCUUCUUAACCCCCCCCCCCCCCCCCCUCCCAUACACAAAUCCUGGCUACGCUACUGCUGCUGGCAGAAGUGCGUUAGCAUCCUCACAGGAUUAAAAAUGUCUUGACUAACCAACCUGUGCAGUUACAUGCAGCUAAGGGGUGGUGUGUUCUAGGCUACCCUCUUCACUUUGACAUGAGUUACUGAACUGGUCUCAUUUGUGAAAAACGGGGUGAUUUUUUUGAGGUUGAAAUUUUCACCGAGAAGUUACUUUAUUUGGAGCCUUUUUAUGAUCCUUUGGCCCUGGAAAUUGGAUAUAUGUACUCUUGUAAUUUGAUGAAAUUUUAUAUAUGGUCAUGUAUGUUCAGAGUACAAUUUACUUUUCAGUAUUUUUCAACUUAAUGCCUUUUUUAAAAUUUCAAUAUCACAGUAAAAAUACUAAUGAUUAAUGCAGUAUGCUAUUGGUACUUUUAUCUAAACUAGAAACACUGGCAAAAACCUAUUAUUUCUACUUAAUACCAGAAAUGCAUGUAAAUUGAUGAUUGAAGGUCACUAUGCAAGCUGUAUGCCAAUGUUAAUUUGAGUAACUUUAUACGAGUGUGUACAAAAGUAGUAGUAAAUUUAUAGUCUACAGUCUGUAUGAAAGAAAUAUUUUGUUUGCAAGAGACAGACUAAGAUAUUUUUCUGUAGUGUAUAAACAAAUUAUGACUUGUAAAACAGUGUAUUGUAUCUCUCCACUUCAAAGUUGUCUGUACAUUAACUUUCAGUGUUAUGAAAUUAAAAAAAAAAUUGCUUUAUUUUUAUUGUGCAAGUCAGAAUGUAAUAAUAUACUUUGAAAUUUUUGAUUCAAUUUAGACUCCUGUUACAUAAAGCAUUAAGGUUAGUAAUAAUGUGAUAAAUUCUAUAUAACUUCUCUUUUUACAUUAUUGCAAAUGUUUUCUGCUAAAACUUUAUGAAACUCGGCAUUUAUUUUACAAAGAGGCUUCCAGCAUUCUGUAUUUUAGGGAUGAGGGAAUAUCUAAUUUUCUUGAAGAUUGUUUCAUUCUUCAAGAAAUGUAAAGAUUUUUUUUUUGUAUUUUUAAGUAUUAUUUUAUUAUUUUGUACUGUUUUGCUGUGUAUUGUACAUCCAGAUGUAUCCCUUCCCUUAUACAUAUAUCACACAUUGAUCCUGGAUGCUCUGUGUUUUGUGUCAACAUAUAUGGAAUGGAAAGCUCCCUUAUUACUAGCAUAGUUUAGCUGUUGGGCUUUAAUUGCACAAAUUAUGUUUGUGGAUUGUAUUUAAAUCAGUAUUCAUAGCAUUUUUGCUAUAAUGUUUAUGGUCAAAUAAAAGUAUUUUCUACGUU